CAAACAUCCACUUUCCUUCGAUUUCAAGCCAUUGUAUCGCAACAUCUACUAUUCUUUCAAACACGGUAACAGACAAAAAAGCUUACCCAAUUUUAUCACCAACAAGAGAAAGCUUGUAAUUAACUCAACGAAAUCCCAUAAAAUUCUUUUCCCGAGCUUUUGGGUGUUUGUUUCCCGAGAAAGAGUUUCAGAAAAUGGCGCAAGGCUGGUUCAGUGGUGGUGGGAGUAGUGAAGAUCAGCUACAGAACAGUUCGACGCCGUCUUUACUAGCAGACUGGAACUCGUACGCGGCUUCAAGAGACACCGAUGAGAGCUCCGGAUCAGCUUUCGGGUUUGAUCUCGAAUCUGCUGUUAGGUCCGCCAAUGAUUCGGUCUCUGGCACCUUCAAUGUGGUCUCAAAAGGGGUGAGAGAUCUACCUGGGAACCUCCAGUCUGCCACUAGUAAUGUCCCUUCUGGAAAAGCACUUAUGUAUUUUGCCUUACUACUGGCAACAGGAGUGUUCUUUGUUUUCAUCGCAUUCACCAUGUUCCUUCCAAUCAUGGUUCUGAUGCCCCAGAAAUUCGCUAUCUCCUUUACCCUUGGAUGUGGCUUUAUAAUUGGUUCAUUCUUCGCUCUUCGAGGUCCAAAGAAUCAGCUGGUCCACAUGUCAUCUAAAGAGAGACUUCCAUUCACAUUGGGAUUCAUAGGCAGUAUGGUAGGCACCAUAUAUGUUUCUAUGGUGCUUCACAGUUAUGUUCUCUCUGUGCUCUUUUCUGUGAUUCAGGUUCUUGCGCUUGGAUACUACGCCAUUUCCUACUUUCCAGGUGGAUCUGCUGGGAUGAAAUUCCUCUUCUCUGCACUUACCUCUUCAGUAAUGAGAUGUUUUGGGAGGUGACCUUAGACUUUUUAUUAUGAAUGUUUCCCUUUGUACAUUUCUUUGGUGAACUCAGUGUCCCAGUUAAUGAUAAUGUCUUCCUUUACAUACCAAAA